UUACACCUCUUCCGUUUCUUUCGGCAUCGGUUCUCUCAACCAGGAUAGAGGCUUCAAGAGUUGCCUGUCUUUUCAUUAUUUUGACAAGGCUUGGACUUCAGAGGAAAGAUUGCCUGAUUCGAAAACCAGUCAGAUUACCCUGCGACAGCACUGCAAACGGAACACAUUUUCAAGAGAGAGGGGGGGACGGCUCUUUCUCUUUGCCUGACUGCAUCUCCAAGCUUCUAGCUCGGUCUUGUCUACUUAAACCUUACCCAACUCACUCGACACUCAGAAGGAAACACCAUAUUCAUACAUAUUACCAAUCGUCAAUCCGAUUCCAUCUUGAAAUUCUCUGCAUACUUGAAUUACGCUCCAUAUUAACGCCCCUCCACAAAGCUGCAGGCUGCAUUAGCCAUCUUGAUUCUUGACCGAAACAUCCUCCUCAAAGAUUCACAACAAUACCCCGCCCACCUUCCUAAUCCGACCUGCAUACUUUUUGCCGUCAUCCCUCCCAUUCCGUCCUCAGCAAGCUCGCUCCACUUCAAUCUCCAACCCAAAUUCAUAAUACCCCACAUUUCUGGUCUAGGUUGCCCCACCUUCCAACAGCAUGCCCUCGACCAACCAAAUUACCUGCCAUCUCAUCCAUGGCAUCGAUCCCACCAACCGAUUCCCCGAGCUGCUACCCAACAUCGCCAUCGACGGCUCGGCGACCUGCUACGUGCCCGUCGAAACGAAUCCGAAUCCGAAUCCUGACUAUGGAUCCGCAGAUUUACCCUAUUCGGUUCAUUGGUCCAUCGAUCCUAGCCUGCUAGCUACCGGCGGUCUCCAAGUCCAAAUUCAAGUCGAUGGCUGUCAGAAGGGCCAACCUAGAUCCUACGAAGGUAUCGGACCGGACGGCCUGACCCCUCCCUCUCCGAUCACUGGCAUGGAUGACGGACUUUGGGUCGUCCCCGAUGGUACUCGCAGACGACCUUGGGUGAUGGGAGAAAUCAAGACAACUCAUCCGCACUCCGCAUUGUCCGACAAAUACAUCCUAGACCGAGUCGGUUCAGUUAGCGUCACUUUCAGCCGAGCCAACGUCGUGCCUACCUCUCGUGUCGUAGCUCUAACCCCCGUCUUCAGUGGCAGUGCCCCCUUGCCAGACCGUAUGCGUGAGAAACUUAGCCAUUGGACAAGAUUGGGCUUCAUCGAGAAUCACUCUCCGGGCGCAGAACUUGGCCUUGUAGCCGAAGAAAUUCAUGAAGUCAUUGCACAGUUUACAUUUUACUAUCGCUCGAAGGAACUCCUCCAACGAUUACUUCCUACGGUAUUCUCAUCCGACAUCAAAAUCUCCUUCCCCACUGCGCCUAGUGGGCAAGCCGAACGAUCCAUCCGAUCAACUGACGACACCGAUGGAGAACGCCCUCACGGAAAGGGGGGAAGCUUCGAAGCUAAUCGGGCCUCAGUAUUCCGACGAGCCUUCGGCGCAAACAGCAACCCUCGUCACAGCAUCAACGGUUCCUUGCCUGUCCCAGAUUUGGGCUCUGAACAUGACGAAUUCGGCAAGCUCGGCAAGUUUGGUGGUAAACGAGUUAGAGCAGUGAGCCUACGACUUGCUAAACGAUAUAGUUCGCUUGGUCAAAAAUCCGAAGAAAAAAGCCCAGGUACAAAUCCUUCUCCCGAGGCCACCUCGCCCGAGCCUGCCACGAGCAACCCAGAAGAUUUGAACACAAUCCAGGGUCUGAGAAAUGAAGUGAUCCUUCUCAGACAUGAACUGAAUGAGUUUAAAAAGUACUUCCGGCACUCGUGAUUCUUUCGACCUGAAUUUACAUCAAGGCAUCACCGUUGGAGCACGCACACACACACAUUGACUACGAAAGCAGAGAAUACUCACGACCAGAAUGCAUAUUACAGCAACGAUCCAAUUUUAACGAUUUAUUAACGAGCUUAUGAUUUUAGUUUUGAAGGAUGAGGCGGAAAGUAGUGUUUUUUUUUUCUUGCAUAGCAUCCUGUAUUUUUGUUGUUUUAUCUUCCUAGCUUAAUAUAUACACAAAUAGGGAUCGUCUCAUUCAGUUUCUUUUGUUUUGUUUUGGAUUAGCAAUCAGCGAACACAUCAUCAUCAUCAUCAAAUUCUUGCGAUACACAUCCAUCAAUCAUCUUUUGAAAUGCAAACACACGCGGCAGUUACACAAAAGCGCAAAGGACCGAAAGCGGAAUCCCCAAUUGAUAGCGGAGAGCCAUCUAUGAAGGGUUUAGCCCACUUAUAUCUGCGGGUCUCUGAACGUGAUUUUCAUAUGGAAACAUGUCCUACUUUUGGAGCGGAGAAAGCGAUAUGUUUUGAGUUCAAGCAAGAAGUACUGAGAUCCUGGCCUAAACUGAGUUGUAUCUCGAGCUUGAAAUCAUGGGCUGCCCUAUUGAUGUGGCCUGUAUCAUAUAUAACGAACUCUACUUCGCAAGAAGGUGGCGGGAGACAUCCGCAAGAGCUAAUCAAUCUGCUUUUCUUCUCUUUCUCGAGAUUUGUGAAGACUUCACCAACUGACCUUUUC